AUGCAAACUAAUGAAUCCUCCUCUUUGAAUUCUUUAAAUUCAUUAUAAUUUUAUGUAAGUGUAAAGAAAAAGAAAAGAGGAAUGGAUUUAUUUAUAAAAGAAAUCAUUAUGGAUGGAUGGAAGACUUGAAAAAAAAAAGAUAUUGAAUUCUUACUUUUUUUUGUUUUUGAUGACAUGAAUUAAUUUUUUUUUUCUUCACAUGAUGCAUUAGCAAAUGGCUGAUUCUGCACCGGCCGAUAAUAGACGUGGUGGUUUUGGACGUGGUCGUGGACGUGGACGUGGUGGUGCCCGUGGACGUGGACGUCGUGGAGAAGACAAGAAUGAAUGGGUUCCUGUCACUAAGCUCGGUCGUCUCGUUAAAGCAGGCAAGAUCAAGUCAAUUGAAGAAAUUUAUUUGUUCUCUUUGCCCAUCAAGGAAUACCAAAUUGUCGACUACUUCCUUCCUAAACUCACCGAUCAAGUUAUGAAGAUUAUGCCUGUUCAGAAGCAAACUACCGCUGGUCAACGUACUCGUUUCAAGGCCUUUGUUGUCAUUGGUGAUGAAAAUGGUCAUGUUGGUUUGGGUGUCAAGUGUGCCAAGGAAGUUGCUACUGCCAUUCGUGGUGGUAUCAUCCUUGCUAAGCUCUCCAUCAUCCCUGUUCGUCGUGGUUAUUGGGGUACUAAUCUUGGUGAACCUCACACUGUUCCUUGCAAGGUCAGCGGCCGUUGUGGUUCAGUUAUGGCUCGUUUAGUUCCUGCUCCUCGUGGUACUGGUAUUGUUGCCUCCCCCACUGCUAAGCGUGUCCUUCAAUUGGCUGGUAUUACUGACUGUUAUACCACCUCUCGUGGUUCCACUCGCACCCUCGGUAACUUUGUUAAGGCUACCUUCGCUGCUAUUGGUAAUACCUAUGGCUUCUUAACUCCCGAUCUUUGGGAAGAGACUGAAUUUAUUAAAGCUCCUUAUCAAGAGUUUUCUGAUUUCCUUUCUCAAAAGCAAAGAAAGUAAAUUAAUAAAUUCUAUUCUAUAGUUUUUUUUUUUGUAGUUUAUAAAGGGAACUUUAUAUAUGUAUACAUGUUUAUAUAUGUAUAUUCAUUAAGUUAUAUGUGGAGAAAUGAAUGUAUGUAAUUUAAUAUGUCUUCUUACUCCUGCUGCUAUUUAAUUAAUU